ACAUUCAUCCACUGACCCUCUGACAAUCGAACCAGUGGGACUCUUGAUCAAUGAUUAACACUCAGCUCAGUUAUGAAGCAGCAGCUCAUAGCAGCUACUCUCAGUUCACCUCCAACAUCAUGGCAUCUUCACCAGUAGUGACGACGGCAGGCAGCGUGGUGGUGGUCACCCGUGUGAUCCCAGCACCUCAGGUUGCUGCAGCACAAAACGCUGCAAGGAAGAACAAGCUCAGACGGGGACACGUGGUGGCACUUGGGACGGCGCAGAUCAUUAUUGGCCUGAUGGUCUUUCUGUUUGAGCUCGCCAUGAUUCCAUGCACAGAUACACUGGGGAUUGUCAGCGGCGUUUUUGUCUGGAGGCCUCUGUGUAGCGUCUUGUCUGGAUCUCUGACGGUGGCUGCUGAGGAGUUCAACAACUGUGCGGUUAAAGGAGCUCGGGGCUUCAGUGGUGUUGCUGCUUUUGCUUCAGCUGGUGCUAUGGUCAUCUACCUUCUGGAUGCUUUUCAAUUUCCUGUGGACCACGUAUUACAUUAUUGUUCUUUUGACAACUAUAACAACAGUUACGAACAUUGGAUUCGUACCACCGCAGUUUCAGGUGUUUUGGCUGGUGUUUCCGUCCUGGAGUUCAUCAUCUCCAUCUGUGUCUUUGUGUUUGUCUAUGAUGCGUCUCGUCAGUCCAUGGACCAGCCGACUGUUAUAACCAACCAAUCACAUGAGGCUACUACACAGACGUUGACUCUGCCCACAUACGAGCCCCCACCUGUCUCACAGCCUCCGACCACCAUUCCAGAGAGGAGCUAUGAGACGAUGAGACCACUGGAGUACGACAUGAGCAUACCAACUCCUCCACCUGACCCCGCCUCCUUCGUCGCAUUCAAGCUGUUUUAAUGUCACCAAGUAUAUAUGACUUGUUUUAUUUCUCAGUAAACUGAAUCUGAUGUUUCACUGUUGAUGAUAAAUCGAUGAAUCAAGAAGAUAACUGACAGAUUAACUGAUGAUGAAAACAAUCACUAACUUUAUUACACUUGUUACUGAUCUAAAAAAAUGUGACAAAAUUAUGUGUUUUAUAAAGUGAAUCCCGUCACUGAUCUAAACCAUUCGAUCAGUCAAUGAACCUGUCAAUAAGUAAUCAAUGAACUCAUCCAUUCCAGUCAGAAACAACAGCAGCUGAAGACAUUCAGAUAUUUAAUAAAGUAAAUAUUGUUUUUAAAAGUUUCCUUUGAAAUGUCAACAAAGAGAAAACAAAGUGACAGAAAAAACAACAAACAGAAAGUGACAGAAAAUAUUUACAGUUAUUGAUCAGUUAUCGAUCAGUCAUCAGUCAGGUAGGUAUCAGAGCAGCAGCUCACAGACAGGAGAGUUUAUUUUCUAAAAUGAUUUAAACUUUAAUGUUUGAGCUGCAACUAAAAACGACAAGCAGACUUCAGUGACCAAUGAAAUCUGCUCAGACUGACGGAAGUCUCUACGGAGUCCUGUUGGUGUCAUAAUUAACGUGAUCAAUACUCAACUAACUUGCAACAGUUCACUGAUUUAAAGAAACAAAAUCCUUUAAAAUUAUUGUUAUUUUAAAACCAGUGUUUCUUGUGUGUGUCUCUGUGUCUGUUUAAUAUGGCUUCUUGUGUUUGUAUUUAUGAGCAACAAAAUCCCCCAUCGUCAUCCCGUCUGUCGUCAGACACGGAAACAGAGAUAGGAGCAGAGGGAGGACGCACUGCUUUGUUUGAACUGUCGUCACAUAUAAACACAGGAGUGAGAUAAAGAGGCAGGACUGAGCAGGAGGCCUCGCUCCAUUUACUGAGGCAGAUAUAAAAACAGAUAAUGUAGUAACUUAUAAAAACUGAUAGGAGAUUGGAGUGUUGGGAAGAUGACCCACUCUGUUUAGAUUCUGGUGAGUUUAAAAAACAGACGACAGGUGGGUCAGAGCGAUGCUUUUAGAGUGAGAUACAAAGAUGGAAGUACAGUGAAGAUGCAUCACUCUGGACCAUAAAGUGGGGCACAGACACAGAUGUUGUAGUGAGAUAUAAACACAGAAUUUGGAGUGUAUAGGAAACAGUUCAGCCCUAACCCUGCCUUAAAAUGUAAUGAUGCAAUAACAUAUGAGUAAAGCUUAUUUGAUUGAUAGGUAAUGAUAUAUAAAAAAACGAGAUGCCUCACUCUGUGUAUAAACAGUGUAAAGAGGAUGAUUCGCUCUGUUGUAUGUGGGUAUAUAUGUAAACAUGAUGUAGUGAGAUAUAUAGAAGGAGAUAGGAGUGUAAAGAUGUUUUGUCUGUUGUAUAUAGACGUAUAUAAAAACAUGAUGUAGUGAGAUAUAUAAACAGAGAUAGGAGUGUAAUGUGAGGGCAUCACUUGGUUCAUUUCUUGAAGAACUUCUUGUUGAGGAGGAAGAUGAGCAGGUUGACGUUGACCUUCGCCUUGUCGAACAUCUUCAUCACCGCCACACCUUCGUACUGCAGCUGCAGCAGGUCCUAUAACACACACACACAUAUUAUAGACACAUAACACACACCUGGUAUAUGACCAAGUAUUUAGCCUGUUUUAACUCAUUGUUUAAUCUUCUUCGUACCUGGUAUUUGAGGAGGAAUUCUUCCAUCUCGACAUCGAGGAAUCGAGCUUUGACACUGAAAGUUCCUUUCUCAGGUGCAGGAACGAUGUCAAACACCACAUUCUUAAACCUGAACAGUUCAGCUCGGUUCAUUUCACUUCCUCUGAGAGGAUCAAGCAACAGCAAACCAUGACCAGCAGCGUGAUGACACAUCGCAACAUGAAUAUAUGUGACAUUAAAGGUUUCUAACAUUAAUGUAAAUGUUGUAGAAAAUUAACAACAUAAAAUAUGUUGUUUUUUAAGUUUGUGGCACUAACAUGUUGUAUUACCAUAUCUUGUAUUUAAAGUCUUAUAAAGUCUUGUAGUCUAAAUAAGCAUUAACAUAUGUAAUGUGGUGUCAAAAGAUAGUAACAUUAACAUAUGUUGUAUUAAAGGUUUGUUACAUUAAAGGGAUAGUGCACCCAAAAAUG